GUCAGGCGCUCUGCGGGCAGCUAAACCGUCUGUGAGUGUGACGUGUAGGACCUCCUCCUCCGACACACAGCAGCAGUAAUGGCGGACUUCGACAGCUACGAAGAGCGGGACCGGGCCUACGGCAGCUUCGGCGGCAGAGGGCCCCGUGGCGGUGGCGGCCCCGGAGGCCCCAGGAAGCAGAAGGAGCUGCCGUCGGAGCCUCCUUUCACGGCGUACGUUGGAAACCUGCCGUUCAACACGGUGCAGGGCGACAUCGACGUCAUCUUCAAAGAUCUCAACAUCCGCAGCGUCCGAUUGGUCAGAGACAAAGAGACAGACAAGUUCAAAGGUUUUUGUUAUGUUGAGUUUGAAGAUCAGGAAUCUCUAAAAGAAGCUUUGACGUACGACGGCGCUCUGCUCUGUGAGCGGACACUGAGGGUCGACAUCGCAGAGGGGCGGAGACAAGAGCGAGGGGGAAGCGCCUUCGGCUUCAAGAAAGAUGACGGCAGAGGACGAGGAGGUUCUCGAGGAGCUCCCAGAGGAGGAGGAGGAGGACGAGACGGCCGUGAGGAGUUCUACGACCAGCCAGGAGGAGGUUUUAGAGACGAUGACUACAUGUCAGGGCGGGGUCGAGGCGGAGGCGGUCGCCCUGGCGACAGAAGGGGGGCAGGAGGAGGGGCGGGUCGCUUCAGAGACGGACCCCCCCCUCGUGGAGGAACGACAGACUUCAGGGAACCGUCUGAAGAGGAGCGUGCACAGCGGCCUCGGCUGCAGCUGAAGCCUCGCACCGUCUCCGAGCCUCUCAACCAGGUCGCCAACCCCAACUCGGCCAUCUUCGGCGGGGCGAAGCCGCGAGAGGAAGUGAUCUCCAAAGAAAAAGCUUAAGAGACUGAGGGCCGCCGGGCCCCGGGGGGCCGAGGGGGCGGGGAGCCGGGGAGGGGGGGAGGGAGGGAGGGGAGCCAACCAGAACUUUACCGGAUGUUCAAACGCCACAGCUAGCAUUCCUUCCUGACAGACAGACAGACAGACAGACAGCGAGCGGACGCCCUCCUCUUCCUCCUCUAAUUCUUCUUCUUCUUCUUCUUCUUGCUGUUUGAGUUCAGAAUAUUUAUUCUUAGUGGAAUAAAGCUGAAACACUCUGAUCAAUAAUAAACCUGUAACACAAACGCAGCGAGCAGCUCGUCAAUGCAUGUUUGGGUUCCUCUGCCCCGCCCCCUCACUCACCUCCACCUCCGCUUACUGUGAUGUCACACCUGCUUCGUGCUGUAGCCCCGCCCCCUGCCGUCAGAGGUCACACCUGUAAAGUCCUUUGGUUCUUUUGGUUUAGCUGCAGCUCCGCCCCCUCACCCUGAUUGGUCGAGCAGAAGCCAGAUGCUUUUGUUUUUUAUUUGCUGCCGCUCGUUGCCGUGGUAACUCAUCAAUCUGUUCUCCUUUGGUCCUGAAAUCUUCUCGGUGUUUCCGUUACCUGCUUGUCACACUGUGAGGGGGCGGGGCCUGCUGCCAGGUGAAGCCCCGGCCCCUCAGGUGUAACAGCAGCACCGUGGUCUGCUUCCUCCUCCCAUGAUGCACUGCUGCUGGUUGCUGCACCUGUUCAGGUGAAGCUGCGUUCACUGUCAGCAGGAAAAGCUGCUGAUGAAACGCUGCGUUCAGGCGCUGUGAAGAAAAAAGGGAAAAGCUGUUCAACCUUGAAAAAUAAUCCUGAUGUUAAAACUUUGAUUUUCCACAGACCCUGAACACAGCGCUGCUCAGAGGCAGGUGAGGGGCGUGGCCUGCAGCUACAGCUCCUGAUUGGUCGGCUGCAGCGUUUUUCUGUCCUGUGAUGUCACCCACAGAGCUCUCCUCUGAUUGGUCCGUUGAGCCACACUGAAAACUUCCCCCUCGUCUUUUUCCUCGAUGUUUUCCGCGUCAUUUCCAAACGUUCCUAAAAACAUCAGCUGCAGAUCACAGAAGCUUCAGGACGAGAAGAAAAACAGACUCUUCAUAGUUUACAGACAAACAGCAGAUUCUCAGUAAAUUCUGAGGAGUUUGUGCAGCAGCAGGUGGCGCUAUCGCUCCUUUGUAGUGAUGAAUUCACAGCAGAUUUCUGGAAGGAAGAACAGAUGGAAAAUGAAAAAUCUACAGAAAGCAAAGUGGAAGACAGACGGCCUUCUUUUGAUUCAUUUUAUCGUCUAUUUAUUGAUCAUUUUCAUCUGUUUUUCUCUCCACAGUUUAAAAUCUGAGGAUUUAAUGAGAAACUUUGGAAACGGUUCAUGAAGGAGGAACGAAUUGGAGACGGAGGAAUUUAAACCUCGUUUCUUUGGUUGCUAAUCUUUUAUCGUCCGUCUGUCUUUGAACGCAGCGUUUAGAAGAGAUGUUUGUUUCAGUGUGGAUCAAACGAACGUCUGCUGGCUUUGGUGGCUCACCUGCUCAGGUGGAUCAGGAUGAGGUGUGCAGUGGUCGGGUGGUUUUGCUCAGAAUGUAGUUUUGUUUCUUGGAAUGAAAUCGUCUGUUUUAACCUUUACUUUCUCCUCCACUGUUUAUGGCAAUAAACCUGUCUCAUCUUCA